UUAUCAUGAGUUGAUGUCUUGCAAAAAAGCACAGCUGUCUCAUGAAGUCAUGAAGCAACAGUGCUGUGUUAUCCUAGAUAAAAUCUUCACAUCCUGUAUACUUCAGUCUUUUUGUGCAAUUGCAGAAAUGUUGUGACAUUGUAAUUAUAUGAAUAAUCACUAUUUAUUUUAUUUGUAGCAUAGGAUUGCCCUUGGACUAAGUCGGUUUGUAAUACUUUAUUUUAGGGUUUCUUAAUUAGUUGUUUAUAAGCAUGCAUAUUACUAGAAUAUUAGCCAUUAAUUAAUACUAACUAAGCACAUAUUAAUUCCUUAUUCUAUACAACAUUAUUCUACAUCCCUAAUCCUACCCAAUAUUCAAACUUAACAACUGCCUUACUAACUAUUAACACGCAGCAAAUUGGGUAUUUAUUGAGGGAAAAGUCGUAGUUAAUAGUGAAUAAGUGUUCCCUAUUCUAAAUUGUUCCCAAAAUGAUGAUGAGAAUGUGUCAGAAAUGUUGUGACAUGGCCUGUUUCCAUUUAUUUUAUUUUUUUCACUAUACAGUAUUUCUUGCAGGUGCAGGAAAUUGUGGUCGUACCUCUUAACAGUUUGUCUGAAUGAAAUAUUUGUUUAUUAAUGAAGAAACAAAGUUAUGUUUAAAGUUAUAUUUUUCCUUUAUAUUAUUUAGUUAUUUGCAAUGCCAAAUGGACAAUACAUGGAUUGCCAUAUCCGACUUUAUUUUGGACAAUGACUUGAUAUAUUUAAGCUAAAGUACGCGACAGAAACAGACUAAUAAAUUCCAUCUGCGUCCUUACAAAUCAUAUGUUAAUGUCAUUACUAUUAAUAGAUUUAUUUGGCUAGGAUGCUUGCAAUAAACAGGAUAUGUAUCAUUAUACAAAGCAGUUUAAAUGCUUUUUAAUCUUGUUGUCGUUUCUGUCGCUUCGUUGUAAAAACUGACCAGGACCAACUGUUGGGGGUUGUGGCAGCACAAAAUGGCAGAGAAGCACCUGGCUGCAGCCUACAGAUGGAGGCGGGGCUGCACCUGGGGUGGGGCUGCAUGUGUCCUACUCUGAUUUGUUCGGUCCUCUUCCAUAGACCUACAUGAUAGGAAAUGUGUACGUAGUUGGUGUAGGAUGGAGUAUGUUGUUUAAAAAGCUAAAAACGCUAUGCAGUUUUACAAAGCCUUCCUUAUAAUGCAUAGAAGAAGAAAAAAAACAUUAGCCUUUUACUCUCCAUGUCCCCAAUAUUAUGAAUAUUGUUUUUAAUAAGCUGAUCUUUAGGCUAACAGACAAACAACCCACUAUUUAAUAAAUUAAUUUGGUUGAUUAUCCACAGUGGGAGCAUCAGGUCUUCAGAUAGAAGAAUGAAUUAUGAAUUAAAUAAUUUUUGAAAAUUAGAUUAUUUCAUAUCAUCAGAGUAUGAGAAAGAAAAUGAAACGGAUGUAUUAGUAUUGUUUUAAUUUAUAUAGCAUGACAAGACAAUUGUUUAUCACAUAUAAUUAUCUGUCAUGCAGUUGAUAAAUUACACCACAAUAGGCUAAUGUGUCGUAUUUUGGGCACAUUAUCUGCAUGUCUAUGAAUAGAAUGCUUUAUUAAUAAUUUAUUUACUGAGUUUGGCCUUAUUAAAACACUGUUUUAAUGCAUUAAGCCACAUACUUUUAUGUUAAGGGUUUUAAAAUGUCCCAAUGAUUCAUUUGUGAGUUCGACUGGUCCAGAAGAUUAAACUUGCAGUAGCUAACAUCUUUUGAUUCAAUAAAACAGACGUAAUGAUGAGUCAAGAUAACAAUAGACAACUGUACAUAAUAAUGAAGGUUUUGUAAAACUGCACAGCGUUUUUAGAUUUUUAAACAACAUACUCUUUCCUACACCAACACAAGCUUUUAUUGUAGACUUAACAGUGUUCAGAACCUGUUAUUUAGAUCUGGUGUAGAGACUAUUUGGGGGAUAUUAUAAUGUACUGAAUUAUUCCGAUCAGUCAUUGGCUGUUAAACCGCCAGGGGUAGUUUGAUUGGUUGUUUGAGUCUCAGGUAGCUGGGACUGUUGUUGCCUGAACAACACCACACACAACACACCCCUCCUCCCUCCUUAUAGAAAAGGACCAUAUUUUCAUUAUCUGACCAUCCAGUCAGUCUACUUCUCAAAUUACUAAGGAUCCAACUGUUAAAACACAAUGCGAGUAAAUCCCUUUCUUCUGGUGUUGCUUGGCAUCUUGCUUAGUGGGUAUGUCAUUUUUUUUUUAAAUAUGUAGGUUUUAUUCUUGUCUGUGGCGUUUGGGUCUAAAAUAAAUAACCCAGUUGAAAGGGAAUGUUCAUGUUCAGUUGAAUCCAUGAAGUGUGUGAAAAUAUAUAUUUUUUCUUUUUGUGAUCUACAUAUUUUGUUCUGUUUUCUCCCGAAUUCUCCUGUAAAACGUAUCUCUCUCUCUCCCACUCAUUAAACUGUGCAUUAAAAAAUAAAAUGAUGCCAGCAUGAGCUCAUGCACUUCGGUAACGAGAUAUCAAGCAUACGGAAACAUUACACUGAUGGUUUAACUUAUUUCAGUAUGAUCCUAUUGCAACAGGUGUCGAAACGGUUUCCUCAUUCACAGAGUUCUGGAAUUACUCGAAAGUGAACGAGAAUGUUAAAUAAACUUAUUUUUUUGGGCUACACUUCCACCUCAGUUGGAUACAAAGAUAAAAGAUUUUGCCUCAAUCUAACAAAAGAGCACCAGGAAAACUCGAAAUUACAAUUACCGCAAGGGCUUUCAUACAAACAGCCUAGUGUAGUAGGACCAGAUGGCAAAGUUAUUGCCACGACGCCGUGGUUAUCCCCAAUUGUAUGGGAAGGAACUUUUGAUCCAUUCCUGAUUGACACGAUCUACAAACAACAAAACAUCACCAUAGCAACUACAGUCUUCGCUCUUGGAAAAUACACUCAGUUUCUUAAAGAUUUCCUGGAGUCUGCAGAGCAGAAUUACUUUAUUGGAUUUCGUGUGCAUUAUUAUGUUUUCACUGAUCAACCAGAACAAGUUCCUGAAGUGAAACUGGGUGAAGAACGUCAGCUGACGGUGUUGAAAGUCCCUAGUUCUAACAGAUGGCAGGAGAUCACUUUACGAAGGAUGGAAAAGCUGGAGAAACUAAUUGAAAGUCGAUUGGUCAGUGAAGCUGACUAUAUUUUCAGCCUUGAUGUGGACACAAAGUUCUACGGCCGAUGGGGGUCAGAGUCUUUGGGUCGUCUUGUAGGUGUGAUACAUCCUGGUUACUAUCAAACACCACGUGAACAGUUCCCAUAUGAGCGCAGGCCCGAGUCUCAAGCGUUCAUUCCUCAUGCUGAGGGCGAUUAUUAUUAUGGUGGGGCUGUGAUCGGUGGCUUAGUGAAAGAUGUACACGAGGCUGCUAAAACCUGCCGUGAGCAACUGGACAUUGAUGCAGCUAAAUCCAUUGAGGCAGCAUGGCAGGAGGAGUCCCAUUUGAACAAGUACUUCCUUUAUAACAAACCCAGUAAGGUGCUCUCACCAGAAUAUUUGUGGCAGGACUUCAAACCUCACACAAAUGAAGUACAAAUCAUUCGCUUCUCUCAGGUUAUUAAAAACUAUGCUGCAGUUCGUCCAAACCCAUAACAGAUGUAAAUGAUCACAUAUUUAUGGACUUUAUUCGGAAUUGGUAUGAAAUCACCUAACAGGCAUGUAAAUAUUACUGCAGUUUUUUCAGUUGGUUCAAAAUAAAUAGCACUAACGUUAGAAGUGUAGUAGUAUUGGAAAUGCCUUUUACAGGGUUGCAAAGAGGUGGACAUUUUCCAGAAACUUUCCAUGGGAAUAUAAUCUGGGGUAUUUUGGAAAUAUUUUAAAUUGGAAAUGGGAAUUAAAUGGAAAUUUAACUUUAAAAGAACAGUAUUUAUUCAAAAUAGAAAUCUUUUGGGUGAUGAAAAUUCAGCUUUUUAUUACAGAAAUACAUUAUACUUUAAAAUACAAUAAAACAGAAAACCAUUAUUUUAAAUUUUAAUUCUUCAUACUGUUACUAUUUUGUUCUGUAUUUUUUAUCAAAUAAAUGCAGGUUUGAUGAGUGUAAGAGUGUAAAAAUAAUGGCAAAGGGCAUCUCAGGAACUGCAUUUCACUGUUUUGAGUCUUACCUCUCAGAUAGGUCCUUCAAAGUACCUUGGAGAGGUAAGGUGCCCAAAUUGCAAAAUCUAACUACUGGAGUGCUUCAGGGCUCAGUUUUUGGACCACUUCUCUCCUCUGUGUACAUGGCAUCACAUCACAUUUUCACUAAUUCCUUGAAGUAUUGAUUGAUGAUCAGCUGACUUUCUUAGACCACAUUGCUAAAACUAUCUGAUCCUGCAGAUUUGCUUUAUUCAACAUCAAGAAGAUCAGACCCUUUCUUUCAGAACCUUGUUCAAGCAUUUGUUCUGUCCAGGCUGGACUAUUGAAAUGCUCUCUUGUUCCUGCAAUUUAGCAGAUUCCUAAUUUAUUUCCAUGAAUUCCUGUUAACUCCCAUAUAUUCCCAUUUUCUAGUCUUGAAUAUUCUCUCAAUUUUGCAAACCUAAUUGUAUAUAACAAAUUUUGAAUAUUUUAUUAGCUAUUGUUUCACAUUUAUUCUCAUUUUCAUCACUCUGGAUUUACACUGUCUCUUUUAAUCACAACUCACACUCACAACUCAAGACUGAUAGACUCAGGUUUGUUAGGUGAAGCACAAUUGCCUUCAACCAUUCAAGUUUUCAAGAAUGUGUAAAAAAAAAAAAAAAAAAAAAUAGUAAAUAA